UGGCCCUUUGUGAAUCUGUGUGACUUUGCGACUUUUGGCCCGGUUCGCCGAGGCCCAGCGCUUACCACCAGCUGCGCAGGUGAGCUGCGCCUCGGCCACGCUCGUAUACACACACACACAGACACACUCAGAUAUUCUUAUAUGUGUGUUUACGCUAUCUAUAUGUAGAGCUGUUGAUAAGGCGCAUAGUUGACUGGGCGCCGCUUUGUUUGGCAUCAGUUGCCACAUGGAGUUAGCCCGAAACAGUUCGCACAUUUUACACCGUGUCGCCGAAAAAAACAAAAAAAAAAAAAUAACAUAAAUAUAAAUAAUUAUUUUUAUAAUUUUUAAGACGAAUUAACACGAAGUGACCCAGUUGAAGGCAAAGCACAUCAAUUGUUAAUUUUCUUGCCAUAUACAAAUACGCGCAACAAGGCCAAUUUUGGCAUAAACUCAAAGCCCCAAAACAAAAACAAAUAUUUAAAUUAAACACUCGCCUAUUCCGGGAAUAUGUCGCUUUAAGGCAGCAUCUUCUGUGAUUACCCGUCGAUCCCGUCGCGCCAUGAGCGUAAGCGUUGAUGUCGGCGUCAUGUGGCGCCUCUCGGAGGAUUUGAACCGGCGCUUUGGCCUGCGCAUGCAGACCGCGCCGACGGCAACACAUCAUCCGCUCAAUCCGCAUCACACGGCCGUGCAUCACUAUCACCAUCAGCACCAUCAUCAUCCCGGACAUGCUGGACAUGCGGCUGGCCAUGCCGCACACACGCACAGCUCCAUGAUCUUCAAUGGUAAAGCAUUCGGCAUUUCCGGCAUAGGAAUAGAAAUGCCUGAGCUCAAUAGAUGAAGUGCCGGCAAAUUCCUAACUCUAGCGAUCUUGCGAUGUCUCUGUCUAUCUAGCGCAGCACUUCUUCUCUCUCUCUCUCUCUCUCUCGCUAUCUUCGCCUCUCUUGACCAAUUAGUCACCUGGAAUUAUGUUGUUUUCGUGACUGCAGCCGACAACAUUUGUGUAGGGGGAAUUUUUUAAAUACUCUGUAGCCCUCAAAUAUGGCAUAUCCAUGGGCCUAAUGCAGUUGGGCAAUUGUGCAAAUCAUAUAUAAUCUUGAUCAGCUAGAAUAGUCAAGGGGAUUCGAAUUGCAAUUAUCUAGCUCUAUAAGAGUUAUUGUUGCCUCUGACGUAUCAUGUGCAGAAAACACUCAUCUAUUUUUUUCAUAACUUUUCAAUUGGAACUUCUGCUCAAUAUCGAUAAAUAUCGAUACUCUUGAUCAGCUAGAACAGUCGAGACGACCCAGCUUAGUUCUGCUUUUGUAGCAAGAACUAUAUAUUUCAAAUUUCAAUUAUUUAUAAGAGCUGAUAUAUUCUCUCGCAUAUUAUAUGCAAAAAAAUCGAAUCCAUAUUUUUUCCAUAAUUUCUUACUCUUACUCAAAAUCGAUAUAUAUCGAUACUCCGCCUAGGUCAGUUGUGCCUGUGUUGAGAACUAUUUAAGAUCUCAAUAUUUUAAUUAAGAUUCUCGCACAAACCUAUCUAGAACCAUUCACUUUCUGGGUUCCUUACCGCAU